AUUUUAAAUUGUUUUAUUAAACCAGAAAAUGAGGAAAGGCCAUCUUCUAUUAUCUCUCCAGACUCUGUCAGGCUGCUGGACGGGACUAGUCUGUGCUCAGGCAGACUGGAGGUGAAGUCUAACCAGUGGUGGUCCUCAGUGUGUGAAGCUGACUUUGACCAGCAGGAUGCAGAGGUGGUCUGUAGGGAGCUCGGCUGUGGGGCUCCUUCAGUCCUCCAGGGGGCGCUCUAUGGAGAAGUGGAGGCUCCGAUGUGGACCAAAGAGUUCCAGUGUGGAGGCCAUGAGUCUGCUCUCCUGGACUGUAGAAGCUCAGGCUCAGCUAGAAACACCUGCUCACCUGGAAAAGCUGUUGGACUCACCUGCUCAGAGCCUGAUGAUGUCAGGUUGGUGGGAGGAGCCAGUCGCUGUGCAGGAACACUGGAGCUGAAACAUCAGGGAGACUGGAGACCAGUGAGUGACCUUCUCUCUGGCUGGACCCUGAAGACAGCAGCUGGUGCCUGUAGAGAGCUGGACUGUGGCUCUGCUGUUUCUGUAGGACAGAGAAAGGAGUCCUCACGCAGACCUGUGUGGGGGAUCAGGUCUGACUGUGUUCAGUCUGGAUCUGCUCUGAGGGAGUGUGUAGUAUUAUCUUUUUCCUCUUCCUCCAUCCUGGAUCUCACCUGCUCAGGUAAGCCCAUCAGUGACUUCAUCUAUGACAUCAUCUCUGACAGUAAUGUACCCAGGUUGACUCACACUCAGCAGCUAGAAUGGCAGCAGACUGUCUCUGGCAGCCAUGACGGAGUCUGA